CAGGCGGUCCAGGAGGUUGCAGGAGCCGGUCGCGUCAUCCCUGGAUGGGCGGCGCACUGAAGGGAGGACGGAGGGUGUUUUCCAGCUUUAAAAGCACCGGAGCCGGCCCCUCUGACAGACGGCGCUGCGUCAUCGACCUGGGGAGACUCUCGAAAACCUUCACUGGGCUGAAGAGAGCCAAACUCACCUCACUCACGGUCCCCUCGGCAGCUCCUACCUGCGCCGGUCUCCAGAUCCAUUAGCACAACAUUUAUCCCGGUUCACGUGGAGCGCGCAGUCCACCGCGUUGUGGUUCCACCUUGUGCAGUCGCUUUCCGUGAAUUUUUUUGCGAACUAUGCGUUUAAUUAAUGGUGUAUGAAGUGAACCGAGUCUUGCAGUACUAUCAUCGCUGAAGGUGUUGCUUUUUUGCAGUCUCGCAACCGGAGAAAGUUGCGCUUCGCUUGUUGAAUGCAGGAUACCUUCUGCCUGAGCGUCAAAUCCAAGUUCAGCUUUGGAGCACAGGAGCGCGGACUCCAGUUUCUCACCUCUUUCGCCGCCAACAUGAAGUCUGCAGAAGAAGAUGCAUACAGCUACACACCAAAUGUCAGCCUGUCCCUUCCAUUGGGCAUGGGAAACCCCUGUCUGGCCACCCAGUACCACACGUUACAGUCCAGCCCAGUCAUCUCAGUUUCCUCUUGCCACCAGACAGGCUACAGCCUCCAAAAUGAUAACCAUGCACCAUCAGGCUAUUACCUGCCCCACAGCCUGAGACCCAAUGGGGCUCCAGCCCUGGAAAGCCCCCGUAUUGAGAUCACUGCCUACAGCCAGUACCCUGAGAAUGAGGUAGAAGAGUGCAGCAGUGAGGACCACAUCAUCAAACGAGGCGUUAACUCCAUCGUCACACUGACACUGCCCAAUGCAGAUGGCUACCGUGAUCCCAGCUGCCUCAGCCCUGCGAGUAGCAUCUCCUCACGCAGCUGUAACUCUGAGGCGUCCUCCUAUGAGUCUGGCUUCUACAACUAUGACAACUCCCCACAGAACUCCCCCUGGCAGUCUCCCUGCGUUUCUCCCAGAGGCUCAUCCUCGCUUCUGUCCUGCCCACAUGCCAGCGGCCUUGCAGGCUCCCCUCACCAUUCGCCCUCCACCUCCCCUCAGAUAGGAGCCAUGGCUGAGGAAGGGUGGCCUGCUCAACCUCGUGGCUCCAGGCCUAACUCUCCUUCCUGCAGUGGAGGCAGUGGAGGCAACGGCGGAGGAGGUGGGGUGGGCAAGAGAAAGUACAGCUUCAAUGGGGCCCCCUACCGUCAGACAUCCUACUCACCCAACCAGUCUCCUACCCCCUCUCCACAUGGCUCCCCCAGGGUCAGCGUUACAGAUGAGAACUGGCUCGCCAACACCAACCAGUACACCAAUUCUGCCAUCGUGGCCGCCAUCAACGCUCUAACCACAGACGGAGUGAUAGACAUGGGGGAGGGAAUCCCAAUCAAGACACGGAAGACGAUGCUGGACCACUCACCCUCCAUGAGCCUGAAGGUGGAGCCUGGUGGUGAGGAGCUCUGUCCAGAUGGGGAGCUCUGCCAUGAAGACUACCCCUCCCGACUGGCCCUCAAGAAGGAGAACUACUGUGGAGGAUUCCUGGAUGUUCCCCAGCAUCCGUACUCCUGGUCUAAACCCAAGCCUUACCUCAGUCCAUCUCUGCCAGCUCUUGACUGGCAGCUUCCGUCCUGCUCCGGCCCGUAUAACCUACAGAUCGAGGUGCAGCCAAAGUCCCACCACAGGGCCCACUAUGAGACUGAAGGCAGCCGAGGUGCGGUGAAGGCGCUCUCUGGAGGACACCCUGUAGUACAGCUUUAUGGCUACAUGGAAAGCGAGCCGCUCACCCUGCAGCUGUUCAUAGGGACCGCAGACGACCGCCUCCUGCGACCACAUGCCUUCUACCAGGUCCACCGCAUCACCGGCAAAACCGUCUCCACUGCCAGCCAUGAAGUCAUGCAAUCCAACACCAAAAUUCUGGAGAUCCCUCUGCUGCCUGAAAACAACAUGAGAGCCAUAAUUGAUUGUGCAGGGAUCCUGAAGCUGCGUAAUUCGGACAUUGAGCUCCGCAAAGGGGAAACAGACAUCGGACGUAAAAACACACGUGUGAGGUUGGUGUUCCGAGUGCACAUCAACCAGCCCAAUGGCAGGACAGUGUCCCUACAGACUGCCUCCAACCCCAUUGAAUGCUCCCAGCGCUCAGCACAGGAGCUUCCCUUGGUGGAGAAGCAGAGUGUCGAAAGUUACCCUGCCACAGGAGGCAAAAUGAUGCUCCUCAAUGGUCUUAACUUCCUCCCUGACUCAAAGGUGGUGUUCGUGGAGAAGGCUCAGGAUGGGCAUCAUCUGUGGGAGACAGAAGCCAAAGUUGACAAGGACUCCAUCAAAUCUAGUACUCUUGUUGUGGAGAUUCCACCAUACAGAAACCAGAGAAUAUCCAGCCCAGUGCAUGUUAACUUCUACGUCUGCAACGGCAAGAGGAAGAGGAGCCAGUGCCAGCGCUUCACCUACCUGCCUCCUAAUGUGCCGAUAAUAAAGACAGAACCCAGUGAUGAAUAUGAUUCUCUGGUGACUGCAGGGUUGCCCAUGCAUUCAAAGCCCUACUACAGCCAGCCCAGGCUCACUCCCAUCAUGCCUGUAGCCGAUCCUGAUGCCUGCCUGGUUGGUGCGUACCCUCCCUGCCCGCCUCGCCAUGCUGCCAUUCCAUCGUCGUCUCCCAGCUCCAGCCCCACCCUGCAUGACCUAUCCCCCGGGGCAUACAGUAAGUGCCUCCCCAGCAGCCCCACCCAUGCGGCACCACCAGGCCCUGUGGUGCCCCCCAUCCAGGAGACCCCUAUCCGUCCCAACCUCGCCCACCCAGCCUCGCCAGACCACAACUCUUGCCUAGGGAUGCUCCAUUCCCAGGGCAGCCCCAGCCACCUCAACAGCCCAGGACCCCAUGGUUACCAUCCUAUCUAUGCCAAUAGCAGCCCCUCGUCCUCCCCGGCAUCCCACCCUUCCACUCCCGGUGGGCCUGCAGAGAGCCCGUUUGUUCAGGCCUACAGCCCCAGUCAGGCUCAGGCAGAAGCUGGCUCAGCCCAGGCCAGAGGGAGCCCACCCAACAUGCUACCUGAGGAUGCCAGUCCCCCUUCGAUGGCCAUCACCGUCAAACAGGAGCCACAGGAGCUGGACCAGAUGUACUUAGAUGAUGUUAACGAGAUCAUCAGGAACGACCUCUCCAGCAUUUCCGUGCAUACUCAUGCAUAGACGUCCAGAAGUCUUCUGCAGCAGCAGCACACACACUCAACAGCACAACAGCAGCAUCAUUAAACAAAAAGAGGACAAAAAACCCUAGAGAUCCAGAUGAUGAAGAACACAUUUUUGACCAGGAUCUCCCACUGGACCAUUGUUGCCAUCAAAGACAAUCACUGGCAAGCUCCAUUUAAAUAAACAGAUGAAUGUUAUAUUUACAAAAAAGGGAAGUGAUAUCAGGGGCAAAGUAUACGACUACACUUGCCUUAAUAAUUCACAGCAGAUGUUCUUUAGUGGACCAAACAGCUCAAUGAGACUGAAUUACUCUUCUAUUGUUGACAAAUGACAAUCUUCAUUUUGAGCGUGAUCUGUAUGUUAAUGCAUGGACAAACUAAUGGGACAAUAAGUGUCAUGCUUCAUCACUUUGGCUCAUUUGUUUGUGCAGUCUGCAACAACCGAACCGGUGCCUUACAACAGUGAUAUUGACAGCAAACAACAGCAGCAGUCACACAAAUGCAAAUGGUUCAUGGUAACCCGAAGUGGAAGUUUUUAUAUGACAUUUUUGUAUCAUUUCAAUUAUUUGUUUACAGGGAAACAGAGUAAAAGGAUAGAAAAUAUGUAGGGAGUAUGUGAAUUGUAGAAUUGUAUUUUUUUCUUGCUUCUGUAGUAUCCCAUUGUUCAUUUAUACUGAAUUUUAUUGUAUGAUAUGCUUUUGUAUAAAACAUGUAUUUGGAAAUA